AUGACUCAAUUAAUAUUGAUGGAUGCUUGGGCCCCUACCAUUUUUCUCCUAAUCCUCCUUGUAUCAGUCCUUGCAUCAUACCCUUACCCCGACCUUACCCUGGUCAUCCUUGUCAUCCUCGCAUUCCCCUUUGCUCUCUAUCUGUCGCUUCAGCAGAGCCAGUACAUCUGGCCGGAUCCUUUCGCUGACGAAGCAUACCCAUUGUUAAUUGUUACGACUUGGAUGGUAUCUGUUGGCGACGCUCAAACAGAGCGUGUGUCAUCAACGGUCGAGGACGUCCUUGGGCUAGCCCAAGGUUAG